GAGCGGCGGCCGGGGGCGGAGCGGGGGCCGCCGGUAGCUCGGCCGGGACCCGGCGAGGCGAUGCUGCGGCCGGGGGCACCGCCGGAGCCCCAGGUGGGGGCUGAGGAGAGCGAGGUGGCAGCGCUGGAGGAGGCCGUGGAGGAGCUGCUGGGCCAGCUGGAGGCCUUCUGCGGGCUGACGGAGGCGAUUAGAAGCGAUACAUCAGAGAUCCUGGAAGAGACCAUUCCACUCAUUAAAGACAAGGUGAUGGAAAUGAACCACGUCUAUGCCAGAAUUGAUAAAUUGGAGGCAUUUGUUAAAAUGGUUGCACACCAUGUUUCCUUCCUAGAAGAGCAAGUGCUUGAAGCAGAGAAGAGCCAUGGCACUUUUCUUAAUGCUGUUUGCAAAUUGUUUCAGUGUGCAACUAUCCCGUCUUUUAAAAACAGUCGUCCUCCAUCAGUGGCACACUCCUAUGAUCUGCCAAAACUCUACAGAACUGAAGACUAUUUUCCUAUGAACUAUGUAGGUACCAAAUACCCAAACCACUAAUUUGUGUCUCCCAACAGCUUUUUAGGAAAGGCUGGGUUUGUUCUUAUGGCUCAUGCUUCUUUCUAAUGACAAAGUAACCAUUACAUGUCAGAUCUUUGUUUAGUAUUUCUGUGGGAAGUUAAAGCUUUCCAAUCGUACUGUGGCCAUACAGACAUUUAUUCUAAGAUUUGGUCACAGUAGUUUGCGCUAUAAGCUUACUAAAUCAGCAAAGAAAAUACACAAAAACUUACUUUGUUUACCCUCACAUUUUUAUAACUAAAAUGAUCAGAAGGUUGAAGAGUGUGCUCGUAUAGCACGCUAAAAGUAUCAAUACAAUUUGUUAAUACUGCCAGCUUCACAAAUGUUCGGGUUUUACAGGAAAGCAUAAAAUCAAUAUCAGAAUUUAAAAAUUCAAUAAAUCACACAUGGCUGGAGCUUCCAGCACUCUUCUUCAAAUGAGGGAUAGGGUUUUAAAAGCUGUUGUGUAACGUAAGUUGAAUGGUAUGAAUAAACUUUCUGCAAAGUUA